CUCGCUCGGUUUAGUUGGCACAGUUUUGUGUCCGAAUAAUUGUAUUAAGUAUUGACACACGUACAAACAAACGCACAUAUAGUAUAUUUCAAAUGGAGCUCACGCACAAAGAACGCACGGAAAUGAAAAAGCACAUGAGCAAAGUGCUCAGCGGCAAGGAGAAGCCCUUCGAUGGCCUACGCGCCCGCACCAUUGUGCUGCUCACGCAUCGAACUAACGGCGCAGAAGUUUUCCUGAAGAUGACUCAGAGCCAGCCUCUGCGCAUGAAUCGCUACACCGCUUGGAAAUACUGCAAUCUGUUGCACACGGCCUUGCGCCACGGCACCCCACAAAUACUCGAGCUGAUGCAGCAGCCGCCACAACAACAAUUACUGUAUGCAUUAAGUAACUAUUGGGCCUAUCAUACGGAUGCUCUAUGUGCUUGCAUACUCGAGUAUUUACAAUUGUUGUUGCACAAAAUCAGCUUCCACCAGAACUAUGCAUUCUUCACCGGCGCUCUGGAAGCCGACAUCACCAAGGAGUGGGAUCUGGAUCUGUGUUUUCAGUUGUGCACCGACAUCUUUGAUUAUUUGGACCAUUUGCUUACGCUGCAACAAGCCAUCUUUUCGAGCUUGACCUUGCAACAGCUCGCUGUGGCCACACCCGAGACACUGUGUCGCCUGCAACCGCUCAUCAACAUCGCCGCCGAAUGCAGCAUUCUAUAUGAUCAGGCAUCUAAUGCAAUGGCCACUGUUUGUGGCAAGUUGCCGCCUAUCGAUGUGAUGGGCUUAUGUAAUCGCUUUUAUGCGCUCUAUCAGCGCUUACGUGGCUUCUACUGCUCGCUGCAGCAGGCGAAGAUUAUACUGAAAAUGGAAUCUGUGCCGGAAUUGUCCACGACCGUGCCGGAUUUCUUGGCAUUUAGUAACAGUAGCACUUGUGGCAGACAACCGACCGCACCGCCAGUGUGGCAAGUGGAGUAAUUUGUGGAAUGGAGAGGCGGUGCUGUGUGUUGGAGCGCGGGUAUUAGAGUGAGGUGGGGAGGUGGCAAAGCAACAAUUGUGAUCGUAAUAUAUAUACCAUAUAUGUAUAUUUUCGGAUUAAAUUAGAUUAGAUUAGAUGUUUAAAAUUAU